CCCCCUUAACGUUGUUCAUAUUCAUCCUUCGCCUCUCGCCUGCCCUUGCAACCAUUUUAUCUCUCUUUUGAAGGCGGCGCCGCAUUCAUCAGAAAUAAUCUUCGAGCUUCAUUAACAAUGGCGGCGGCGUUCUCCAACCUUAACUCGGCUGCUGGAUUGAAGAAGCUUGACGAGUAUCUCCUCACUCGCAGUUACAUCACCGGAUAUCAAGCUUCAAAGGAUGAUCUCACCAUCUAUGCUGCUCUCUCAAAACCUCCGACCUCCGAAUACGUGAAUGUGUCCCGUUGGUACAACCACAUUGAUGCCCUUUUGAGGAUCUCAGGUGUGACUGCUGAAGGGAGCGGUAUCACUGUUGAGGGUUUUGCUCCUAUCACAGAAGAGGCUGUUGCAACUCCACCGGCAGAGGACUCUAAGGCUGCUGCUGCUGAUGAGGAUGACGAUGACGAUGUUGAUCUUUUUGGGGAGGAGACCGAGGAGGAAAAGAAAGCAGCUGAAGAGCGUGCAGCAGCGGUGAAGGCAUCUGGAAAAAAGAAGGAAUCUGGAAAGUCAUCCGUUCUUUUGGAUGUCAAGCCAUGGGACGAUGAGACUGACAUGAAGAAGCUCGAGGAAGCUGUCAGAAGCGUCGAGAUGGAAGGAUUGCUCUGGGGAGCAUCAAAGCUUGUGGCUGUUGGUUACGGUAUCAAGAAGUUGCAGAUCAUGCUCACCAUUGUUGACGACCUUGUCUCUGUCGAUACCCUCAUUGAAGAGCAACUGACCGUUGAACCCAUCAACGAAUAUGUCCAGAGCUGUGACAUUGUGGCCUUCAACAAGAUAUGAUGAAGAGAGAUUAUUGCCAAGGAGUCUACUCUAUAUAUUAUAAUGCGUCUUGCUCUUGUUGUGGAACCUUUGCUUUGAUCGAUUCUGAUAUUUAUGGCAACUAUGUAUUCCGCGGAUGCUUGUUUAGUUUUCUACUGGUUCAAAGAUUCCGUGUUCCAAUAAGAACAACCUAGACUGUCGGAAAUUGCAACAUCUAAGUGAUCUCCAUAGAGAUUUCUCUAUGGUCGAUUCUUGCAUUAAAGGAUACGCAUCGGAACACUUCACGGAUAGAGAUGAACAUCCCCGUACAUGCAGAGAUCUCAAAUCAU